AUGGUACAAGGGGUGAUUCGUCUCGACGACAAGUGUCGUGACACGUGGCGUGGGUUUAAUACCCGGGCAUUCUCAGGACUCGGCGGUUUCUUCAAACUCUCUGCCGCCUCCGCCGUGAUUCUCUGCCUACAAGCAUGGUAUUUUCAGGUUUUGGUUCUACUUGCCGGACGGCUAGAGAAUCCUGAACUCGCUCUUGAUGCUCUCUCCAUCUGGUAA